AGCAAUCUGGGCCCAUGACAGUUGUAGUGUAGUGUUCCUGCAUGCGCUUGUUUUGAAAGCCUUUCUUUGGUCGCUUCCUGACUCCAGAUGAGUUUCUAUGUACCAGAUGCUUGUUUUCAUCCUGGGCAUCGUGACGGCCAGCAAAGCCGGCAAAGCUAUCUCUGAAUCGACAUCGGAGGAACGCAGCGGCAGUUGUUGGUCCAUUGGUUUCACCUUCGAAAGCUGUUGUGCACCUGAAUUUGGCCCUGAAGGGAAUAACGAAUGCUGGGAUGAGGUCUAUACUUUUGAAUCCUGCUGCCAAGCUGGGGGAGAUCCCAAAGCUGCAGGUUGCAACAGUUCCUACUUUACCAAGUUCAAAGACUUGGCUUUCGAGUAUUACCGCUUGGGGCGCUCCAAGCCCAGCCUGAUUGAGCUUUGGCCCCGGAUCUUGGCCAAUUAUGACGCACGGUUCCUCUUGUGUCCUCCGGCGGCCCUGCAAGCGCAGUUACUGCAAAUCGAAGAGCGGGGAUUUUUGGAGAGGCCAGAGACCAUCACCGAACAACUGCUGAGUUAUACGCGGAAUCUGCAGCAUGCCUUUCGUGUUCGGAGUCAAGAUACAGACCUGGAUGCUUGGCCCUUAGAACUGGGGCUCGAACGCUUGAGAAGCAACUCUCGGAUCAAAGCGAAGCAGCUGAGAUUUCGGAGGUUUCCGGAUGUCACCCUGGUCUUGAGCUACUGUCGCGAGGAGCUCUCCUGGAUGAACUCCUCCUUCAGUCGCAAGGUGAUGCCCUCAGUGGACUUGGUCCUCAUCGCCAAGUGCCCCGGUGUCGAUGCGACCAACGCCGUGCCCUUCAGAGCCCUGUGGCGCUCAGUGGAGCAGCUGGAAGUGGAGGAUUUGCCACUGCGCGCAGAUGAAUGCAGUGCCUACUUGGGAUACUUGUACCACUACUAUUAUGUGCUUCCAAGGCAUAUGAUCUUUGUCCAUGCUGACAUGCCGGAGCACAUCGGCGCUGGGCGGCCAAACAUCAUCGAUGAUACUCUGAGGGCCUUGAUGCAUGGUGCCAGCGUACCCUUUGCCCAUUUGGGUAACAACCGGGUCACUAUGCGGUGGAACCGGGACACCAUGACUCCUUUGUGGAAAGGAUUGUUUGGGAGCAGUAUUGCCCCAAACACAGGGGAUGUCAGCACCUACUGCUGUUCCCAUUUCGUUCUCUCCAGGGACCGGGCCCACUUGCGCAGCCGCCGCUUCUACGAAAAUGCGCUGCACUUUGUGACCUCCCCACAGAGUUACUUCUAUUUGCCCAGCCCAUGGAGGGUGGAACGCCAAAGGUGGGCGGCUCACUUGGACAUGAAGGGCCGUGUGGUCUGUCAAAACAUGAUGUUCCUUUGGCACAUCAUCUUUGGAGAACCUCUGAAUCAGCCACAUCGAAUGUACGACCCAUCCUUGCCACUCUUCUUGAAGACGCGCAACAUUCGCACGGCCUACAUGGAUGAGGAUGCUGUUUCGUGAGGUGAGCGGUGAGCAACCUUUUGGCCCGCGGACAUCCCCGUUGGACCUCCGUCUUGGACCGUGUGACGCCACCGCGGACGCUCCGGUCGUCCUGGGCCCGACGGAGCGACCACGUGCGGAGCGUGGGCGGGGACAGGACCAGGACUUGAGGAGUCCAACUGUGUCCCAAGAAGUGACCGAGAUGGACUGGUUAUUGUGUGCUUGAAAUCUUGGAAGCAGUCCUGUGGAGCCGCCUUGCAGUGUCCAUGGAACGCGUCAAAAGACUUGGUUAUUCAUUGAUUAUAUAUACCAGGGAAUCCAAAUGAGCAUGCUUUUGUUCAAACACGUCCGCACAAAAAAAUCCGUGCAUCCGGCCUUUUUUGUCAAAU